AUGUCGCCAAAGACUUCGCCUCCCAUACUAGCAGCACGUCCAGGCAAAGGCAACUCUCAGCCGCCAUACAGUCCUGUCUCGCCAACGGUUGGGCGUGAUGGAGGCGAGCCUAUAUCUCCCGCCUCUUUCUCUACACUCGAGUACGACAAGGCGUUCUUUCUCGGUCUCAUUCCAGACUACGUCGAGGGUGUGUAUCCCGUGCAGCCAGUCAUUACUGAAUAUGAGCUCAGGCAGUAUAUUGAGGUCAUGGACACGGACCAAGAUAUUCAUUCCUUCAUCUACGCGUUUGGCGCAUGUACGCUAAACCUUACGCGCUACGGCAGCCGCAGAACAGCAGAAAUCGUCCAGACCAUCGAGCAUCUAAUGGACCACUCAAUCCAAAGCAUGAAGCGAGCUCAUAAGCACUUUCACUUCUCCGUCAUGCGGGCCAUGCAGUCCAUGUUCAUACACAACUGCCUCAUGAGUAUCAAUGGACCUGACGCCGCCUUCUACUACAUCCGCGAAGCCAUUUCCAUAAUUCAAUUGCUGCGUAUAGACAAUCCGGAAAACGCUGCAAAGCUGUCGCCUCCGGAGCGAUCUCGAAGACAACGUUUAUACUGGCAAGCUUACAUUCAUGAACGCUUCCUGGCUAUCUUAGACUAUCGGCGCGCCAUCCUACCACCGCUCUAUACAUUGCCCGAAAAUGAAGGCACAAUUCCAAUCCAGAUUCACGAAGGCUUCACCCAAAUUAUCAAACUCUUCCAGAUGCUCGAUCCCGAGUUCCUCGGGAGCUGGCUUGAUUCGCAAGGAGGAGGCGUUACCAGCACCUGGGUCGAAGCUAAAUCGCGAGAGCUUGAAGGCGAUCCCGAAGCCGACGCUCAAGAGCUAGCCAUGCUAUCCAUGAUGCAGCGUGCCGAUCUGACCAUUACACGAGAAUGGCUGCGCACACUGGUUUGGCGUCUCGCCAUGAGCCAAACGCUCCUGUCAACACGGUCGUCUAAAGAAUGCCUAUCCCUCCUCUUUCCUAUUAGGCUUUCCCAAACACUCCGUCAGCACGUGUCCAGCAUGUCUCGCCACGACAUUGAAGUCCACGGCAGCAGCAUUACACAGAAGCUUUUUGAAAUCACAGACACAAUUGCCGACGUUCUUAUUCAUGUCCCUGCCGCGACACUCGAAGAAACAGCCCUCCGCAUCGACGACUUUCUAUUUAUUCUUGACUUUGUACUGCUUUUUCCGCACCUCGAUCAGACGCGUCGCGGGAUCCUGCUGGAAAAGCUAGAAAGACUGCAGACCAUGUUUCCAGAGGCUCUUAGUAAUGCCAGUUCGCCGAAUUUGCCCUUGGAGCUGCAAAGUCCAGGGGGCGCUAACGACCCUUGGUCCCAGGUGGCGCAGUCGAAAACUGCGGCGGGGCUGCAAGGGUUGGCCGAGGGAGCGGUAACAAUGCAAGCCAAAGUACAGACACAGAAUCAGGAGGCGCAGGCAAAAAAUGGGAAACUAGCUACAUGGAAUGAUAUUUCGAAGCGUUUGUCCAUGCAGGUUGCUACAUUUGAGCAUGCCUAG